AUGGAGGAAGCUCGGGCAAUGCUGGAUGCCCUCAUGGGCCCCAGCCGCAACCAGGACCAGGCCAGCAAGGACACCGAGACACCAGACUUUGCAGACGAAAAGGUUUGCAAGAACUUUUUGGUUGGUUUCUGCCCUCACGACUGGUUCACCACAUCCCGACGCAAGAUGCCUCCCUGCAAUAAGAUCCACUCGGAGGUUCUCCGUGACACGUUUGAGGCCCAUCCCGAGGUUGCGAAAUAUCGGCGCGCGUUCGAGGAGCAGUUUCUGAAGUACCUGGAACGAGUCACACGUGACUGCGACAUGUUCAUUGGUCGGGAGAAGAUUAAAUGCAGGCCAAAAGGUUCGGGAGGCGUAACCACGCGAAUGCCACCCGACGUUCAAGAGAAGUACGAUGCCUUGCAGAAGGAGCACCAGAAAUUGGUGAAGGAGGCUGAGGAGAAGGCUGAUGAGUCUCUCAGCCGAAGUGAGGAGCUGACCCGGCAGGCUAAAGAGGUGGAGCAGGAGCUGAAUGAUUAUCAGAAGCGCUACCGAUUUGAGUUCCCUGGUGAAGAGGUUUGUGAGGUCUGUGGUGUUCGCUACGCUUCGCAAGCAGCGGACAAUCCAGAUUGGCACGAGCGUGCUUCCCAUCUCAACGGCAAGAUGCACCAUGGCUGGUUGCAGAUUCGGCAGAAGUUGCAGCAGCUGAAGGAGAAAGAGCGCGUGUGGGAGCGCGAGGAUUAUCGAGAGGAGCAGAAGAAUGGAAAAGCGAAGAAGCCGAAGCGGGGCAGGAAUACAAGGCACAAGAAUCGGAACUCCAAGGAUCCAAGUGAGAAGAAGAAGAAAGUUAGGUUGCAGCUUCACAGCCAGGCGGAAGAGAGGGAGACGGCCUUGACUGCCCGCCAGGAGAUGUUGCAACGAGAGCAUCAGAAGGUGUGGGAAGAUCUGCAGCAGUACCGGCAAAAGCACAACGACAAGGAGAGAAACUUGCAGGCAUUUGUGCGGUUGGCGCAAGAUGCUUUCUCCAUGGUAACGGAGCUUCAGGAGAAUUUCGUGGAGCAGACUCGCCGAUACCAGGAGUUGUCACAGCGAGUUCGUGCCCAGCAGCAAGAGAUGCAGCAGGAUAUCGUGGAGGCGGAGCAGGUGGCUGCACUCUCCCUGCAAUGCUCCGGCGAGCUGAAGAGUGUCCUAGGUCACGCACGUGACAUGAGUUCGGCUGGGGAGGAGCAAUGGAAGCAAGAUGCCCACCGACUGCAAGAGCAGCUGCACAACCUCCACGCGAACCAUCGGGAAGCAGCCAGAACUGUGCGUGAGUUUCGCCAGGCAGAUGACGCAAGAAAGCAGGAGGAGGAUCGUCGAAGAGAGGCGCAGGCGAAGCAGGCCGAAGAGAGGAAGAAAACGAUGAUGGAGCGCCACGGACUCGUCACCAGCCCAAACAUUAUCAGGCAGAUGGCGCAGGCCAUGGUUGGCAUUGAAGUGGACAAGAUUGACCAGAAAAACAGACGAGAGAAGCGGAAGCUUAAGGUCAUCUGUGAUGUGAAGACUGUACGAGGCAUAGCAGUGAACCAGGUCAAGCUGCAAUGGUCCAAGGCGCCGUACAGGGAAUGGUCGGAGAAGUGCUCCUGCGACCUGUCACAGGUCAUGAGUUUGGGAUAUGCCUUCGCUGCGCGAGCGACCUGGCUCUUCCCGGACCAGGUGUCCCCGCAUCAUUGUUUCUCCCUGCAGACUCCUGCCCGCUCCUUCGACUUCAUCUGCUUCUCCGACAGCGAUGUGGAGGCUUUGGUGCUGGUGAUCAGCAGGCUGUGCACCAGGAUCCGCGGCUGGCCCCUCCAUGGCGGCGUAAGCUCCCAUGCGAAGUUCACCGCCAUGAAGGGUUGGAGCAAGGUGCAGCCGAGCUCUGAGAAUCAGCCCCUCAGCACCUAUCUGCGAGAGGCCUUGGGCCUUUGGAGCUCCCGGACCAGGCCAGGCCUGGCGUCGGUGAACUUCUUGUCAGGUCCGAACCAGCUGCCGCGCGUGCCGUCUCCUGACGAAACUGACGAAGAGGAGGAGGAAGAAGAAGAGGAGAUGGACGAGGAUGAGGACUCAAAGUGA